UACAGUUAUUACUUACCCUCUCUCUCUCUCUCUCUGAAUCUCUGUUUGUGGAGAAUCAUCUCGUGGUGGGUUUAGUUGAUCAUUCAUGGCUUCCAAAUUCUCACUCAGCACUAUCCCUGUUUUUUCAAUCUCUUCCGCAAGAUUCUCAACAAGCCCACGAAAGGUCCCUGUUUUUGUAUUCCCGUUACUGAACUCUGCUGGGUUUUGUUGCUCAAGGAGCAUUUCAACUCCCAGGGGAGAUGCUUCAGUACGCCAUGUAGUUUCAACUCCCAGGGGAGACCCUUCCGUACGCCAAGUAGUGGAGGAAGAAGAGAUUAAAUCCACAACCUCAGAGGAUAGUCUGGACUCUCAGUCUACCCCUUCAUCUUCAAAGCUCGUUCUUGUCGUCGGCGGAACUGGUGGUGUCGGGCAGUUGAUUGUAGCAUCAUUGCUCAACAGGAACAUCAAAUCACACUUAUUACUGCGGGAUACUUUGAAAGGAUCAACAUUGUUUGGUGAACAAGAUGAGCAAAAUUUACGGGUAUGGAAAGGUGACACACGAAACCCUGAUGAUUUGGAUCCUGCUAUGUUUGAGGGAGUUACACAUGUAAUUUGCUGCACCGGAACUACAGCCUUUCCUUCAAAGCGAUGGGGAGGAGAUAAUACACCAGAAAGAGUAGAUUGGGAGGGAGUCCGGAAUCUUGUAUGUGCACUGCCUCCAUCCGUGGAGAGAUUUAUUCUUGUUUCGUCUGUGGGGGUUACAAAGUUCGAUGAGUUGCCAUGGAGUAUCAUGAACCUCUUUGGUGUCCUGAAGUUUAAGAAAAUGGGGGAGGACUUUGUUCGCAAGUCUGGUCUUCCUUCUACAAUUAUCAGACCUGGAAGACUGACAGAUGGACCUUACACCUCAUAUGAUCUGAAUACUUUGCUUAAAGCAACUGCUGGGCAACGUCGUGCAGUUCUGAUAGGUCAAGGAGACAAACUUGUGGGAGAGGUUAGUAGACUUGUAGUGGCUGAAGCUUGCAUACAGGCACUGGAUAUAGAAUCUACUCAAGGCCAAAUAUAUGAAAUCAACUCAGUGGAGGGAGAAGGACCAGGAAGCGAUCCUAAAAAAUGGAGGGAGCUCUUCCAAUCUGCACAAGUCCAAUAGCUAGAUUUAUUAGUCUUCAUCAUGAACUCUACCAAAAAAAAAAUUUUGAAAUUCAACUCAUUUGUACUAUGAAGAUAGUUGAAGCUGCAACAACUUCAACCUUAAGUACAGAUAAAAUGUUUGAAAUCUGUUA